GUUAAUACCUGGGACUAAGUAUACAGAGGAUACGUUGGUAAACCAAACAAUAAAAUGUGUCAGCCUGCUGUGAUGGAGAGAUCGUCUGAGAUACUAUAGAGGCAUACAGGUCCCUUGAGUCAGUCAAAGGUGAUGCAGCAGCAGCGGACGCUCAGUCAGGGAUGAGGAGGGUAAAACCGACCCAAGAGAGGACGUUAGUUUUUACCCUCUGCGUGUGUGGCACUAAAUUUUUUGAGGAAGUCAAGAAACUGGAGAAAAUGGACGACAUGUGCUUGGCUAUGCCGGAUGGUUUUUUUCCUGCUGUAUCAACGAUAAAAAAUGGGAUGUAUUACGGCUUCAUGUCAGUGUUGGUGGAGACGGACUGAGGAGCGACAUUAUCUGCACUAAAACAACGGACGCGAUGCUAGCAUGCUAGCUUGCUCUUUGAUGUUUGUACCUCUUGAACGUUGACGUUGCUGUUCAGGUUAUAAUUUCCGAUUUGCGAUCAAAACUUUUGGAUCCUCUUGCUUCGAUUUUUUUUAGAAACUACUGACUGACUAGGUUGAGGUUAACUCAAACGGUGUUGCUACAAUAGUUAGCUGACGUUAGAAGUGUCUUUUAGCGUUAUAGCUAGCCAAAAUUAGUUAAGCUAAUUAACAUAGCAUUAGCCCAAAAUGCAAUGGUUACACAGUUAACGUUAACAUGACAGUGAGCAACACAGUUACAGCAGUUAAGUGGUUUUAAGAUAUUUGCAGGUAUUUGUUUUUUGGGCCGACUAGUUUGUACAUUGGCACGUUUACAGUUUGGGCAUGUUCAGUUGUGGAGUAAGAGAUAAAACAACAUUUAUUACAUUUUCAAAAUCUGUAAGUUGUUACCUACGAGGUAAAAUUCAAAUAUAAUAUUUGCCUGAUAGGUUGAUUAGAAACUUUACUACUAACAUACUACCUCACCGGAUGGGACUGAGGAUAGACAUUAUGUGACAUUUAAGGCAAUUUUCGUUCUGCCAACAAAUUGACUUCCCGUAAUUUCCCCUUUUGUUUUGGCGUUAAAAUGUGUUAAGUUAAGGCAGGAAAGCUCUUCAAAUGCUCCGCAGCAAGUAAAUUUUUCCAGGACAGCUUCAUCAAGUGUAGCUCAUAUCUGCCAGACAUGCGUCUCUCCUCCUUUUUGGCCGUGUUCAGGCCUGCUUUACCCCUUCUCCUCGGCCUGUCCCUGGGGUGCAGUCUGAGCCUUUUGAUGGUGUCCUGGACACAAGGGGACACCGAUGAAUCCUGUGGAGAUGAACUGGGCAAUGGGAGGCAUUACAUGGGCCGAGGAGAUGCCCAGAGAGACUCCAGAGAUGGAGCUGGAGAUGACUUCCAGCCACGUAUCGUGCCCUAUCACAAGGACCCUAACAAGUCACACAAGAAAGUCCUCAGAACUCGGUAUAUUCACACUGAACUGGGCAUCAGAGAGCGACUGCUGGUGGGUGUCCUGACCUCUCGGGCGACCCUCAGCACGCUGGCCGUGGCCGUGAAUCGCACAGUUGCCCACCACUUCCACCGCACCUUUUUCUUCACAGGCCUGCGCAGCCCUAAGGUGCCUCACGGCAUGACUGUGGUUGCCCAUGGUGAUGACCGUCCAGUGUGGUUGAUGUACGAGACAGUGCGUCACCUCCACCAGCACUACGGCUCAGACUAUGACUGGUUCCUCUUAGCCCAGGAUGACACUUACAUGCAAGCAGAUCGUCUGUCAGAGCUGGUGGGUCACCUCAGUGCAGGUCAGGACCUGUAUAUGGGCAGGGCGGAGGAGUUCAUUGGCGGAGAGGAGAAGGCACGCUACUGCCACGGGGGCUACGGCUACCUGCUGUCCCGCAGUCUGCUGGCCCGUCUGCAUCCCCACCUUGAUACCUGCCGUAAUGACAUCCUCAGUGUGAGACCUGAUGAGUGGCUGGGCCGCUGCAUUAUUGACUACCUGGGUCUCAGUUGUGUGGAGAUGCACCAGGAGAUGACAUAUCGUUACUUUGAGCUCGGGAAAAACGCAGAUCCAGAGCGUGAAGACAGUGAACAGUUUAUAAAUGCCUUCACCGUCCAUCCUAUAUCAGAACCAAAUCUCAUGUAUCGCCUACACAAACGCUUCAGUCAGAUUGAGCUGGAACAGACUUACCUACAGAUUCAACAGCUGCAGAUGCAGAUCAACAACCUGAGUGACCUGACACCAGAGGGUAAGGCUGGAGUCACAUGGCCUAUUGGAAUCAACCCUCCCUUCAAGCCGAGAACCCGUUUUGAGGUUAUAAACUGGGAGUACUUCACUGAAGAGCACAUUUACUCGUGCAUUGACAGUUCCCCCAAGUGUGAGAUGAGAGGGGCUGACCGCGCGGAUGUAAAUGCAGUUCUGGAGAUUGCGGUGGAGCGUCUAAAUGAGCGCUACCAGCCCCAGCUACGCUUCCGCAAGCGCCGUCUUCUUAACGGUUACCGGCGCUUUGAUCCCACGCGUGGUAUGGAGUAUGUGCUGGAGCUCGCGCUGGAGGCCUACACCCAGAAAGGGCACAGUCAAGUCAUUGCUAAACGGGUUAACUUGUUGCGACCUCUAAGUGCAGUUGAGAUUAUCCCCAUGCCCUAUGUGACAGAGGCAACACGGGUGCAGGUCAUCCUGCCUGUCACUGCCCAGGAUCAGGACUAUGUUGGUAACUUCCUCGAUAUGUACGUGAUGAACACUUUGGACACCCAUGACAAUGUUUUACUCACGUUCCUGUUCAUCUAUGAUCCCUUUGAUGCACAGCGAGUGAGCCAGACUGAUGUGUUCGCCGGCAUUAAGGCCAUGAUUGGGGAGGUGGAGAAGCGCUACGGAGACGUGAAGAUCCCCUGGAUCAGCGUGAAGACGGAGGUGCCCUCGCAAGUCAAGCUGAUGGACAUCAUCUCUAAGAAGCACCCAGUGGACACGCUGUUUUUCCUGGCCAGUGUGUGGACAGAGAUCAACGCCGAGUUCCUGAAUCGCUGCAGAAUGAACGCCAUCAGCAACUGGCAGGUCUUCUACCCCAUCCACUUCCAAGAGUACAGUCCUGCUGUUGUCUACCGCGACCAGCAGCCCUCUGCCGCCUCCUCCUCUUUUUCUUCUGAGUCACUGCGAGACGGCCGUUUUGACCGCCACGUUUUCGACGAGGCUUGCUUUUACAAUGCGGACUACAUGACGGCGCGGACCAAGAUGGCUGCCGAUAUCUUGGACAACGAGGAGCUGCUGGAAAGCAUGGACGUGUAUGACAUAUUUGUCCGUUACUCGGGCCUGCACGUGUUCAGAGCCGUAGAGCCGGCGCUGAUCCAGAAAUACGUGCGGCGAGCGUGCAACCCGCGUUUCAGUGAGGAUAUCUACCACCGCUGUGUCCUCAGCAACCUGCAGGGUCUGGGGUCACGCUCACAUCUAGCCAUGGCUCUUUUUGAGCAAGAGCAGGCCAACAGCACCUAGAAGUCUGGACUUCUUCAGAGUGUCAGGGCAUCAAACGUACUGCCUGGACUCAAGGACGCUCACGCAGAAUAAUGUGAAUUUUAAUAUGGCACUUCUGUGAUCCAUACACUGAAAUUCUCACCUCUUUGCAUUUGGCAGAAAGAGGUCAGGAUCAGCCAAAAGAACGGCAUAAAUGGGUGCUGAUGCAUACGUUUCUAGUUGUGUCCUCCUGCUGAAACUCUCUCUGCUCUUUAUUUAUGAGUACUUCUGACUUAUGAGACAAUAACUUUGAAUCUGUCUAGACGAAUUAUGAGUCAAGGAGGUGUCUUCUCACAACUACCUGAACGUGGACUACUUGUAUUCUUGAAACUGCCGUAAUCUCACAGGAGCCGAGCAACAACGCUUACGCUCCAGACAUAGGAGGUUGCGUCUUGAAAUAAUAAAUGAACAACGGUUCAUUGUUAAUGAUAAAUUGAGAAAAAAACUUGAGCCAUAGGUCUUCCUUAGUGGAGAUGAUUAAAAUACUUCCGCAAACAAGCUGAAGCCAUUGGCUGCCUUUUCUUUAAGAUGUGUUGUUUUUCUAAGGUAUUAAAGAGUGAUAUGUAUGCUCA